GGUGGGAAGAUACAGGGCCUCAAAAACAGACCAAGAAGAAAAGGUGUCAAUCACGUCACGUCCUCUGUCAAUGGGGCCUUAAUCCUCUGCUGAAAGCUGGCGUGGUCGACCUAGAGUAGACCUACACACCAGCUUGAAGAGGAAGUCAAACCGUAAUCCAUUUUCCACUGAUUGAAAGAGCAGAUACGCCGUUACAGAUCGAGGUGUGAGGCUCUACAGUUCUCUGCCCAUGCGCCCCAACAACGACGGAAAGAGACUGCCAUCUACCGGGUUUGAUGGUGACAACAUGUACAUGAAUGAAAACAACCACGAGUUCCUCCCGCCCACCCAGCAGAGCUACACAGGUCAGACUGGUGGUAGCGGCGGCGGUGGAGGCGGUGGUGGAGGAGGAGGAGGAGGAGGAGGAGGAGGUGGUGGCAGCGGUGGAGGCAGCGGCUCGGCAAGCGGUAACGGAGCCGGGGACGAAGACUACGAGAUCCCCCCCAUCACUCCGCCCAACCACCCGGAGCCUCCUCUUCUUCACCUGAUGGAGCAUGACUCGGCGGGCUACCUGUGCCACUCGCUGUCACAUAACGGCCUCAUAAACCCGUACUCGUACCCGGAGCUGCCCACGCUCAUGAUGUCCAACAUGCUGGCGCAGGACGGACAACUGGUCUCCAGCCAGAUGCCCUCAAUGCACGAGAUGGCUUUGCACCACCAUCACCACCACCACCACCACCAACAACAACAUCAUCAUCAACACCAUCACCAGCACCCAGACGCCGUUCGUUACGAGCACGCCCGUCACCACCACUCCCUGAUUAACAGCUCGCCUCCGAUACUGUCCAACCCCAUGAGCGCGCUGUCCCAGCUUAACCCUCAGUUCAGCCGGAGCGCGCUGCCUCACGGUUCCCCCUCACCUCCUGGGAGUAAAUCGGCUACUCCUUCCCCUUCCAGCUCCAAUCAGGAGGAGGAGACCGAUACUCAUUUGAAGAUCACGGGCGAGAAACGACCAUCUUCCGAGAUGAUGAAGCCCAAGCCCAAGCCGCAGAAGAAGAAGAAGAAGAAGGAUCCCAACGAGCCCACCAAGCCCGUGUCCGCAUACGCCCUGUUCUUCAGAGACACCCAGGCGGCCAUCAAAGGACAGAAUCCCAACGCCACCUUUGGGGACGUGUCCAAGAUAGUCGCGUCCAUGUGGGACGGACUGGGAGAAGAACAGAAGCAGAACUACAAGAGGAAAACGGAGGCUGCAAAGAAGGAGUACCUGAAAGCAUUGGCUGCCUACAGAGCCAGUCUGGUUUCCAAGACGUACAACGACCCCACGGAGCCGAAAAGUGCCCAAACAAGCCAGGGCUCCCCGCACAUGAUGCCAACCAACCCGUCCCUGUACAGCGUGCCACACCCAUCCCAACCGUCGUCCCCAUACCUGGGUCCCGGCGCCUUCCCACUCGCAGACCUGCAGAGCUACGCGGGCCACGCCCCUCGCCACGCCCUCUCGCAGACGCUCAGCCAAUCGCAGAUGCUGCCCAGCAUUAGUGCCUCUCCCCCUUCCUCCUUCCAGAUCAGCCCGCCCCUUCACCCCCACCAGCAGCUGUCCCUGCACCAGAGCUCGCUCCUCAACCAGCCGAUCCGCAUGCAGCAGGUCCAGUCCCAGCCAAUCAUCUCCCACCAGAUGGGACUGCAGGCCUCCCUCCACUCCCCGCCCCCUCCUGGCCAGCAGGCGUACUCCCAUCUCCAGUCAGAGUAUCAGAAGAGCAUUGGAGGCCCCCAGUCUCCAGGUGCACCUGGUCCUGGUCAUGACUGGGACAGUGAAUAUUGCAAUAGGGAAUGCGGCAACCACUGCAGUGGCAACAUGAUCGGCAGGGACAAGCCCCUCUACCUCACCUGAGCCUCAUCAAACAUCAAGGCGGCGACCAAGCGAGGAGUCCACUCUCACCCUCUCCGUGACACCCCCCCCCCCCCACCCCCACCCCCACCCCCCCUUCCCACCCCAGCUGACACGCGUGUACAUACGUUACAUACUUUCUUUAGUUCUCAUCUCGCGACGGGGACUUUUGGGACGAGAGCGACUUUUUUUCCCGUAUUAGCCUGUGGUUUGAAGUCGCCCGAUGCACUUAAGAAGCCCCGCCCCUCUCCUUUCAGACCCCUCCCCUCUGGUAGCUGGGCUGUAGAGCGCUCCUCUUUUGUGUCCCCUCAGGGACCCCAUCCAGCUUUAAAUAGAGUGCACAGGAAAACAUUAUUUUCCUGUUCUCCUUACUCUUUUAUUUAUUUCCGCUUUGCAAAGUUGCCCCCUCGUACUGAACAGAGAUCUUUACUCCGACUAGUUCUUUUGUUUUUGUUUUUUGCUUAAGGGUCUGCAAGAAGCGACAGGAAAAAAAAAAAGGAAAAAAAAGCAGCGGGGGAAUUGAAACUAAAUAAUCGUAUUUUUUUGUUUUGUUUGAAAUAUUAAAAGACCCGUGGAGGUCGUCUGAGCUGUCACAGUGUGAUUGUAAAUACAACUUUUAUGGGAUCAAUUCAAAGGAAGUCCACAUGGAGUUUGUUCUUUUUCUGCAAAGCUACAAUGUAUGUCAUUGAGCGUGUGUGUGUGUGUGUGUGUGUGGGCGUUAGAGCGUUCAUGAUGUGUGAGAUUGAUUGACGGUUUUGGCACUCUCGUUCUUGCAUUGCAUUUGUGCUCACUGGUGUUUUAUUUUUAUUUUAUUUUUAAACACGCGUGUUAUAAAGUCAUUGGAAAGACAUAACAGUCAAAUAACAACCAAUUUUUUUUUCCCUACCCAAAAAUUAAUUCUGUCUCUCGGACAUUUACAAUUUAGGUAGACUCACAUUGCAUUCUUUUUUUUUUUUUUUAUUAUAAUUAUUUUUUUGUUUACUGUUUUUAAUCGCCCAACUGUAGCAUUGUUGUUUUUUUUCCCAGUUGUUACCCUUUUUAAUUAUGUGUAAAAAAAACAAAAACUGCGGAUGAGAAAUAAACAAUUGCCAAUUGUAGUUAUAUUAUUUGUGAAGCCAGUCAUUUUUUUUUUUUUUUUUUUUU